UCUAAAAAUAAAAAUACACAAAGGAAUAAUUAAUUAAGUAAAUAAGAUUAGUUAACCCAAGUAUCGGGGUCGACUGAAAACAAAACCUAAUAUAUAAAACCCUAAACCCUACCUUUCUUCUUUCGCUGUUCCUCUCUUCAAAAGUGGCCUUUUUGUAGCAUUGAGUAAAAUGAAUCUCAACAACCUCAAAGUUCCUAAGAUGCCUGGAGGCGGAGCACUUCCUGCUUUGCUUAAGAUUGGAGUCAUUGGUGGGCUUGGCCUCUAUGGAGUUGCCAAUAGUCUCUACAACGUUGAUGGAGGGCACCGAGCAAUUGUUUUCAAUCGGAUUUUGGGCAUCAAAGAUAAGGUUUAUUCAGAGGGGACGCACCUUAUGAUACCAUGGUUUGAGAGGCCUAUCAUCUAUGAUGUCCGUGCAAGACCUCAUUUAGUUGAGAGUACUUCCGGUAGUCGUGACCUCCAGAUGGUCAAGAUUGGGCUUCGUGUUCUCACUCGCCCCAAGUCAACUCAGUUAACUGAAAUUUAUCGAACCCUUGGUGAGAACUAUAAUGAGAGGGUCCUGCCUUCAAUCAUUCAUGAAACUUUAAAAGCUGUUGUUGCUCAAUACAAUGCUAGCCAACUCAUUACACAGAGAGAGAAUGUCAGUAAGGAAAUCCGGAAGAUUCUGACUGAAAGGGCAGCUUACUUCAACAUUCAACUUGAUGAUGUGUCCAUUACAAGUCUGACUUUUGGGAAGGAAUUCACUGCUGCAAUUGAGGCGAAACAGGUGGCUGCACAAGAAGCCGAGAGAGCUAAAUUUAUUGUGGAAAAAGCUGAACAGGACAAGAAAAGUGCUGUUAUCCGAGCACAGGGAGAAGCCAAGAGUGCCCAACUCAUUGGUCAAGCAAUUGCAAAGAACCCAGCAUUCAUAACAUUGAGGAAAAUCGAAGCUUCUAGAGAAAUUGCACAGACCAUUGCAAAUUCAGCCAACAAAGUCUUCUUGAACUCAAAGGAUCUAUUGCUGAACCUUCAGGAGAUGGAUCUUGAAUCCCACCCAAAGUAACUUAGUUACUUCAAUUUCAUACUUUUUCAAUAAAUCAAUUGUGGGAACAUUAAAUACAACACAGUCUGUCUUCUUUUGUUUUGGAAGGAUUUUAUUUUGUCCUAAGGAUUAGUGUCCAAACAUCAUAUCAGUUGGAUCUAGGGCUGUUUAGUUGAGGUAGAGAAGAGCUAUUGGAUAUAUGUUAGUACUGCAAUUUUAUAUUUUAUUCAAGUUAAUACCUUACGUAAUGGACCUCUAAUGGACCUGUUGGAUGUGGAUUUAUAUAAUUUGGAUUAAGGUCGAGUUGUAGAAUGAUAGUAAUCCAAUGCUGUUUUGGGUUUGUUUUAUGUAAUUUGCUUCAACUAUUUGACGCCGCCAAAUAAACCCGAAACAGCAUAGGAUGGUUUCUGGUUUGGUUGGCCACCCCUAGGCUAGACCUGUUUGCCCUUGUUAAACCAGUUUGAAUUGCUUCUACUAAAAUUAUCACCCGAAAUAUCUUGUUGAGGCUACCAGAAUAUUGUGGUGUUACGCGUUAUGCUGGUUGUGGCUACCAGUGUCAACUCCUGGGUGGCUUGCAAGUUGUACGGUAUUAUUGACACCCGAAGUGAAGUCCCACAAUUUGUUUUAAGAUUAAUUUGGAUAUUGUGUGAUAAGUUGUAAUUUCAAGUUUUGUGGUAUUGUUGAAUUUCUUAAUUUUAAUUUUAAUUUCAUAAAAGAAAUAUUUACUGAUGGUUGA